UGAAGGCGUGCUGCCUUGACGGCGUGGGACACUCCCUUUUACCUUUAUCUUCAUAAACUUAACUUGUUCAAUCUAUACGCUCUCUCUCUUCUUUACCCCUACGCUCGACGCGACUGCUGGACAGACCAAUUGUAUCUCUCUACGAACUUGGACGAUUCAGCAUCCUACGACUUUCUAUUUCUCUCUACACGAACGAAAUGGCGCUUCUCUCAGCCGAACACCUGGCUGGCCCGGGCUACAUUAUCCUCAACGUUUUGCGUGGUCUGAAUAUCAUUGCUCUCUCUUCCGUGGUCGCCAGCAGCGUGGUCAUGCUGGUGAAGACCUUUAUCAUUUCCAAGUUCUUCUUCUUCGAUGCCACGAGCCAUGUUAUCACGGCAAUCGCUGGGCUCUUCUUCAUCGUCUCAGAAUGCUCGCUAUUCCGCAACUUCUACGCCCGCAACUGGCCACUCCUGAGCCCUUCGCAUGGCUUCGUCACCUUAGGCUGCGCAAUGAUGAUAGUCGGGCUCAACAUGCUCGGUAACAUGAACAAGGAGGCCACAAGCCAAGAGUCGCUCACCCUACCUUUCUGGCGCCUACUCGUUGCCUCUGGCAUCCUAGCCAUCGUCAUCGGCUUCUUCAACAUCAUCGCAAGCUUCGUCUUCCGCGACAAGUCUCGCCGAAUCACAGCCCGCAUGGUCCGCUCUCGAGGAGCGAUGACACUGCACGAGGACGCCGAGACGCAAUCCCAAUACGACCCCAAGCAUAAAGCCUUCACCAUAACCACCCACCACACAGGCAGCACCUCUUCCCGCAGCAACUUCAACAACAGCCCACCGCCCAUGCGCACAGGCACCCCACCCGUCGACUGUGGCUCCCCGCAAGUCCCCUCUCCCACCAAGGAAGACCCAAACCGUCUUUCCCAAUUCGACUUCAGCCCACUCCGCGCCUUCCGCAACGCGCGCCAAUCCUUCCUCCCCUCCUACCACAGCCAGUCACCAGCUAAACCUAGCUUCUUCUCGCACCGCCCCUCCAGCUCCAUCUACUCACGCACCACGUCGGGCGAGCCUGCCAGGAAGAAGUUCUGGCAGCGCCAGCGCGAGGAGCAGGAGGAGGAGACUGCGCGCAUGCCGGAGAUUAGCUAUCCGUUGAAUGUGAAUCCACAGUUUGCUCAUCUUGUUAAGCCGAAUUUGGCGCAUCAUCCUAGUGUUAGGAGGCCCGAGGCGGAUUAUGAGAAGUUCUAGACGGGUUUGGAUGAGGUGUGGGUGAGGGGAGAUGUUGGCGGAGAUGGGAGUACGAUUACUAUGAUACCACUUUCUUUUCUUCUUUUCCUUAAGUUGUUACACCAGCAUACUGCUACACGGCAUUGGCGUUUGGCACAUCGAGACUACGAUCGUUGA